ACCCCAAGACCAGAUGGUCUAUCACUUAAUGGAUGGCUAUCAGUUGUUCAGAUCCGAAGAUUUGCAACACAGUCCGCAUUUCAAGUAGUCAAAGCACGAUUUUGGGAUGCAAACACACGUGAAAAAUAUGAAUGUUAUGUGGCCACUUUGAAAUUAAGCAAUCAUCAUGGCAAUAUAAGAAUCCUUGUACUACUGCUACUGCUACCACCAUCCAAUUCUUCCUUUGCAAGAUAAAAAGUUUUCGGAAUAUCUUCGCUGUCAGCUUCAGCAAUGGCUUCUGGUGUCAAAGAGGUGCUUCCACCUUCGCUUGAUUCUUCCUCAGAACCACCUCCUGACAUCUUUGACGGAACCACCAAGUUGUUCACAGCCUACAUAUGCCCGUAUGCACAACGUGUGUGGAUCACAAGGAAUUAUAAGGGAUUGCAAGAUAAAAUAAAAUUGAUCGCUAUGGACCUAGAGAAUAGGCCAGCCUGGUACAAGGAGAAAGUUUACCCAGCAAACAAGGUGCCAGCUCUGGUACAUAAUAAUGAAGUCAAAGGAGAGUCUCUUGAUCUAAUCAAAUAUCUCGAUGAAAACUUUGAAGGUCCUUCACUUCUUCCUAACGACCCCGCUAAGAGAGAGUUUGCAGAACAUUUGUUGUCCUACUCCGACUCCUUUAAUGGAGCUGGAUUUUCUUCUUCAGAGCAGAUGGAAUCGGUGAAGUUGGUAAGUGAUCAUGUAUUUUGGCUGCUAAUUCCUGUAAACUUUGAUGCUAAAGUGCAUUAUUUGAUCAGGUGCUGCUUUGAUUACCUCGAGAAUGCCCUUGGCAAAUUCGAUGAUGGUCCCUUCUUCCUCGGAACUUUCAGUCUUGUGGAUGUAGCUUAUGCGCCCUUUGUUGAAAGGUUCCAACUCUUCGCGUCGGAUGUGAAGAAGUACGAUGUUACAGAGGGCAGGCCAAAACUGGCAGCUUGGAUUGAGUAA